AUGUCUUUGUCCCAAAAAUUAACUGUUUCUGACUUACAAUUGAAAGACAAACGUGUCUUCAUCAGAGUUGACUUCAACGUCCCAUUAGACGGUACCACCAUUACCUCUAACCAAAGAAUCGUUGCUGCUUUGCCAACCAUCAAAUACGCUUUGGAACAACAAGCUAGAUACGUUGUCUUAGCCUCUCAUUUAGGUAGACCAAACGGUGAAAGAGUCGAAAAGUACUCUUUGAAGCCAGUUGCUGCUGAAUUAGAAAAAUUGUUGGGUAAGCCAGUCACUUUCUUGAACGACUGUGUCGGUGCUGACGUCAACAAGGCCUGUGAAGCUUCCGCUCCAGGCUCUGUCAUCUUAUUGGAAAACUUGAGAUUCCACAUCGAAGAAGAAGGUUCCAAGAAGGUCGAUGGUGUUAAGACCAAGGCUGCUCCAGAAGCUGUUGAAAAGUUCAGAAAGGAAUUGUGCUCUUUGGCUGACGUUUACAUUAACGAUGCCUUCGGUACUGCCCACAGAGCUCACUCUUCUAUUGUCGGUUUCGACUUACCACAAAGAGCUGCUGGUUUCUUGUUGGCCAAGGAAUUGGCUUACUUCGGUAAGGCUUUGGAAAACCCAACCAGACCAUUCUUGGCUAUCUUGGGUGGUGCUAAGGUUGCUGACAAGAUUCAAUUGAUUGACAACUUGUUGGACAAGGUCGACUCUAUCAUCAUUGGUGGUGGUAUGGCUUUCACCUUCAAGAAGGUUUUGGAAAACGCUGAAAUCGGUGACUCCAUCUACGACAAGGCUGGUGCUGAAAUUGUUCCAAAGUUGAUGGAAAAGGCUAAGGCUAAGAAUGUCGAAGUUGUCUUACCAGUUGACUUUGUCAUUGGUGACGCUUUCUCCCCAGAUGCUAACACCAAGAUUGUUUCUGACAAGGAAGGUAUCCCAGCUGGCUGGCAAGGGUUGGACAACGGUCCAGAAUCUAGAAAGUUGUUUGCUGCUACCAUUGCAAAGGCUAAGACUAUUGUCUGGAACGGUCCACCAGGUGUUUUCGAAUUCGAAAAAUUCGCUAACGGUACCAAGGCUAUGUUGGACGAAGUUGUCAAGUCCUCUGAAUCCGGUAACACUGUCAUCAUUGGUGGUGGUGAUACCGCUACUGUUGCUAAGAAGUACGGUGUCACUGAAAAGAUCUCUCACGUCUCUACCGGUGGUGGUGCUUCUUUGGAAUUGUUGGAAGGUAAGACCUUGCCAGGUGUUGCUUUCUUGUCCGACAAAUAA